AUGACUAUCUGGAGCGAUGAGAUAGUGACCGAAGCAAAGGCCACAGAUAUUUCCGCAGAAGAAGAUACAGCCGAAACACUCCUGAGUUCCACCGACAUUGCGGUUACGGUAGUACGCGCCCUCGAGACGCUAGCCAAUCAGAAGUGUUCCCGAAACAGAUCGGAGUUGCAGGACGAUGGGCAGGAGGAUGUGCGGAUGGACCCCAGUGUGAAUGUGAGUGUGGCCAUGAACACUGUGGACAUGCAGCUGUCGGAUAGGCAGUAUCUCUUGCUGUUGCAG